UGACGUCAGGUGGUUGAACACACCCAUCCUGGUCCAGAGCACAACUACGUGUGCUGAGGUGCGCACUCAGCGCGCCGCUCUGCCCGCGAGGACACUGCAGUGAAGGAUACCGUGCCAUCGCUGCUGCGGCUGCUCGCUCCCGACACCACGUCCCGCUGCAGACUUCCCGGGUCCGGGUAGAACAGGGAAGCCAUGGCCGAGUCCAACCCGCUGCGGGGCUUCCCCCGUCUGCGCCGGGCCGCGACAUCAUUUCCAGAAAAACUGCAUUUGGUCUUGGUUCUCCACCCCUCCGGCUUGUUAAGCUCUGCCCCCAGUCCGUCCUCCAGCACUGACCUGGGCUUCCGCUUCAGCCAGGAUGACUUCCUGUUAAAGAUGCCGGUGGUGAUGCUGCGUUCGGUUGGUGACCUGCUGCGCUACAUCGAUGAAAACCACCUGACAUCAGACUUCACUGCAAAAGUGGAGUACUGCCAAAGUGACUGGAUCGUCCUCCGCACGGCAAUUGAGACCUUUGCGGUGACAGUGAAGGAGAUCGCCCAGCUGCUGCAAGGCUUUGGAUCAGAGCUAUCUGAGACCGAACUUCCAGAUGAAGCUAGUGCCAUUGAGUUCCUGCUGCACUCACACACACACCGAUACAGACAGAUGAAGGAUGAUAUCCGGAGCGUGCUGAAAGAAGGACGGCUGCUGCUGUCCAACCUGGAGACUGUCAAGGCCUCUAAGAGAAAUGUAGAGGAGGAGAGGGACCUAAAAUCAGACCUGGACACUGUUCAGAGGCUCCUGACUCAGCUCAGAGACAUGGAGGAGGCGUUUGAUGGCUUCUUUGAGAAACACCACCUGAAGAUGCAGCAAUACCUCCAGCUGCUGCAUUAUGAAAUGAGUUUCCACCAGAUGGAAGAGGUACUGGAGAAGAUCACUAACCAGGAGAUGGACAUUGCCUCUGUGGGAACCACGGUGGUGCAGACGGAACAGCUAUUGUCGGACCUGGCUGUGCUGGACACACACGCUCAGGAGGAGAUGGCUCGUGCCCAGGUGGUUAUCCUGCAUGGCCACCAGUUGGCCACCAACCAUCAUUACGCCCUGGCGCUCAUCAUCCAACGCUGCAAUGAGCUGCGUCAUCACUGUGACAUCCUCACCACUUCCAUACGCACCAAGCGGGCCUCCCUGACCCGAGCACGAGACCUGCUGCUCCGCCUUGAAGAGGCCCUUCGGUGGUGUGACGAGGGCGCCUAUCUUCUGGCGAGUCAGAUGGUGGACAAAUUCCAAACCAGAGAGGGAGCGCAGGAGGCACUGCAGUACCUGAGCUUCCACCAGGAGAGGGCGCCGUCCGCACUGAAAAACAGCCAGGACAUUCUGAGCCUUGAGUUUGAAGCCAUACUCACCCCACAGCUGCAGUCCCAAAUUUCCAUUGUUACAGAGAAGCUGAACUCGAUGCAGUCCAUGAUAAGAAACAGAGAGCAGUGUCUGAAAAAGUUGGCGGAUGUACAAGUCAGACCGAUUCAGUUGGUGGCCCCGAGGCCUGAACCCGACCACACCUUGCAGCGCUGCAAGUCACCCCUCUUCUCCCCCAAACAUGGUGUAGACUUUAAUGUCCUAAAUUCCAAGUUCUCCUUUGACCUGCUACCUGGCAAAAGAGCAGCAAGGAGGAACAACAGCCAACGCAAGAUUGAGGUAAUGCAUGAUUUCCAAGGCAACUGCAGCUCUCUGUAUGGAUCCACCACUGAAACAGAUUCCGAGGCAGAAGACAAUCCAGAGCAGGUCACACGCCAUAUAAUGAAGGAACUGAUAGCUACAGAGAGGAUCUAUGUGGACGAGCUGCUCUCUGUCCUUUUGGGCUACAGGGCAGAAAUGGAGGACCCAUCCAUGUCUAAUCUCUUCUCCGCUCUUUGCAGCCAGAAGGUUCUGUUUGGCAAAAUGCCAGAGAUUUACCAGUUCCACAGCAGGAUCUUCCUCCAGGAUCUGCAGGGUUGCUUGGAGACACCAGAGAGGGUGGGGGCUUGCUUCCUGCAACGGAAGAAGAAGUUCCAGGUGUAUGAGCGUUACUGCCAAAACAAGCCUCGCUCUGAGUUGCUAUGGAGACAGUGCUCUGAUUUGCCUUUCUUUCAGGAGUGCCAGAAUAAGCUGGACCACAAGCUGGGUCUGAACUCUUACCUCCUGAAACCAGUCCAACGCCUCACCAAGUACCAGCUGCUACUCAAGGAGCUGUUGAAGCACUGUACAGAGGAGCGAUACCGACAUGAACUCCAGGAGGCUCUCAACUCUAUGCUGGAGCUGCUGAAGUCUGUCAACGACUCCAUGCAUCAGAUAGCCAUCACUGGAUAUCAGGGUGACCUCAGUCAGCUGGGCCGAGUGGUGUUGCAGGGAGGCUUCAGCGUGUGGAUCAGCCAUAAGAGGGCAGCGGUGCGCAUGAAGGAGCUGGCCAGGUUCAAACCCAUGCAGCGACAUCUCUUUCUCUAUGACCUCGCCCUGCUCUUCUGCAAACGCAGAGAUGAUGACACUCACGACAGGACGCCCUUCUACAGCUUCAAAUCCUGUCUCAGAAUGAGUGCAGUGGGGAUCACAGAAAAUGUGAAAGGAGAUGUGAAGAAAUUUGAAAUCUGGUACAGUGGCAGAGAAGUAGUGUACAUAGUUCAGGCUCCUACACUGGAGGUCAAAGUUGCCUGGCUGACAGAGAUUCGUAAAAUUCUCACC